UGUUCCAGACGGGCAUGGUUGGCUACCCGGAGGCCCUGACCGACCCUUCGUACAGCGGGCAGGUGCUGGUCCUCACGUACCCCUUGGUGGGCAACUACGGAGUCCCGGAUACCACCGCCGUCGACCCCCUGGGACUCUCCAAAUGGUUGGAGAGCAGCAAGAUCUGGGCAGGAGGGCUGGUCGUGGGCGAGGUGUGCAGCGAGCCCUCCCAUUGGUCCUCCGUCAAUACCCUCCACCAGUGGCUCCUCGGCGAAGGUGUGCCCGGAAUUCAUGGCAUCGAUACCCGCUCGCUCACCAAGAAGAUUCGUGAGCAUGGAUCCUUGCUGGGGAAAAUCGUGGUCGAGGGAGGCGAAGAUCCCCCUCUGUCUGAUCCCAAUAAAGUUAAUCUCGUGGACCGGGUUUCGAUAAAGGAACCUCGCGUGUUUAAUCCUGACGGCGACGUGAGGAUCAUGGCCGUCGAUUGCGGGCUGAAAUACAACCAGAUCCGCUGCCUGGUCAAACGCGGGGCCAAGGUGACGCUGGUGCCGUGGAAUCACAUCCUGGACUCGGCGCAGUAUGACGGUCUCUUCCUCAGCAAUGGACCAGGUGACCCGCAGAUGUGCAAGCAGACUGUGGAACAACUGCGGUCUGUUCUGGCAUCAAGCACGAAACCCAUAUUUGGCAUCUGUCUGGGGCAUCAGCUGCUGUCUGUUGCGGCUGGAUGCUCUACCUACAAGAUGAAGUACGGAAAUCGCGGACACAACCAGCCGUGCGUGCAUGAAGGGACAGGGCGUUGCUUCAUCACGUCUCAGAAUCACGGGUUCGCUGUGGACGCCGCAUCCCUCCCGCAGGAGUGGGCUCCCCUCUUCACCAACAAGAACGACAACUCCAACGAGGGCAUUGUUCAUCGCACUCUUCCCUUCUUCAGCGUCCAGUUCCAUCCAGAGCAUGCGGCGGGACCGGAGGAUUUGGAGUCCCUCUUCGACGUGUUUCUUGACCUGGCGCGGCAGAGCGGAAGGGGCGUGACCAGGGAAAACUGGGACAUGCCGAGUAUCAUCAACAGCCAUCUAACUUACUCGCCCAUCCCAGAUGUACCCCAGGCUGACGUGGGUCGAGUUCCCAACAAGGUCCUUAUCUUGGGCUCAGGAGGCCUUUCUAUUGGCCAAGCUGGAGAAUUUGAUUACUCUGGUUCACAGGCAAUCAAAGCAAUGAAGGAAGAAGGCAUCGAGUCCGUUCUCAUUAAUCCAAACAUCGCUACCGUCCAGACAAGCAAGGGUCUUGCUGACAAAGUGUACUUUUUACCUAUAACGGCUUCGUAUGUUGAGCAGGUAAUCAAAUCAGAGCGUCCAGACGGAGUGCUGCUGACCUUCGGAGGACAGACCGCUCUCAAUUGCGGGGUAGAGCUGGAGAGAGCUGGCGUUUGGGCCAAAUAUGGGGUCAGGGUCCUCGGGACGCCCGUAACUUCAAUCGUCCAGAGUGAAGACAGGAAGAUGUUUGCUGAAGUCGUUGCUUCUGUGGGAGAGCGAGUGGCUCCUUCAGCUGCUGUAUAUUCUGUAGAGGAGGCCUUAGAAGCAGCAGAAAGGAUAGGUUAUCCAGUGUUGGCUCGAGCAGCAUAUGCUUUGGGUGGCCUCGGAUCCGGCUUCGCUGACACACCUCAAGAGCUUGCGAAAUUGGCCACUUCAGCUUUUGCACAUUCUAAUCAGCUUAUCAUCGACAAGUCCCUGAAGGGCUGGAAAGAAGUAGAAUAUGAAGUUGUACGAGAUGCCUUUGACAACUGUAUCACGGUGUGCAACAUGGAGAACGUGGACCCUCUAGGUAUCCACACAGGCGAGAGCUUCGUCGUGGCUCCGUCUCAGACCCUAACCAACAGGGAGUAUAACCUCCUUCGCUCCACUGCUUUGGCUGUUAUUCGGCGCCUCGGAGUGGUUGGAGAAUGCAAUAUUCAGUAUGCUUUGAAUCCCACUUCGGAGGAGUAUUAUAUCAUUGAGGUUAACGCUAGGCUGUCUCGCUCAUCCGCCUUGGCUUCCAAAGCGACAGGGUAUCCUCUGGCAUACGUGGCGGCCAAACUCGCCCUUGGGAAAGCCCUUCCAGACCUGACCAACUCGGUCACGGCCUCGACCACUGCCUGCUUUGAACCCUCGCUGGAUUACUGUGUGGUCAAAGUGCCUCGCUGGGACCUCUCCAAGUUCAAUAGGGUCUCUACCAAGAUUGGGAGUUCCAUGAAAAGUGUCGGAGAGGUGAUGGGCAUCGGCAGGAGCUUUGAAGAGGCGCUGCAGAAGGCUUUGAGGAUGGUUGAUGAGACUACGAGUGGUUUCGAUCCCUACUGCAGUGAAGCAGAUGAAAACGAACUCCAGCAGCCAACAGACAAACGCAUGCUGGUUCUUGCAGCGGCUUUGAAGAAGGGUUGGGACGUUGAACAGCUGUACAACUUGACCAAAAUUGACAAGUGGUUCCUCUACAAGAUGAAGAAUAUCACCGAUAUGUAUGAUAAACUAGAGAGCCUCGCCGAUGAAGAACUCACAGAGGAGGUGUUGCAGCGUGCCAAACAACUAGGUUUUUCUGAUAAGCAAAUUGGAAAUGCUGUUCAGUGCACCGAUCUUGCUGUGCGUGCGUUGAGGGAGAAGCACAACAUCAUGCCUACGGUUAAGCAGGUGGAUACGGUGUCUGCUGAAUGGCCUGCUGCCACCAACUACUUGUAUCUCACCUACAAUGGAAACACUCAUGACCUUGCCUUCCCUCCCGGCGCCACUCUUGUGAUAGGCUCUGGUGUCUAUAGAAUAGGAUCAUCAGUGGAAUUCGACUGGUGUGCAGUGCAGUGCCUCAGAACCCUUCGUAAAUUGGGGCACCGGACAAUCAUGGUGAACUACAAUCCGGAGACGGUGUCCACGGAUUACGAUAUGUGCGAUCGUCUGUAUUUUGAUGAAGUGUCCUUUGAGGUUGUGAUGGAUAUCUAUAACUUGGAGAACCCCAAAGGCGUGAUUUUGAGCAUGGGAGGACAACUUCCGAACAACAUUGCUCUCGAUUUGCACCGUCAGAAGGCCCGCAUCCUGGGCACGUCGCCAGAGUCUAUUGAUGGAGCUGAGAACCGGUUCAAGUUUUCGCGUAUGUUGGAUCGCAUUGGGAUCUCACAGCCUCAGUGGAAGGAACUGACCAACCUCAAGUCAGCCCAAGCGUUCUGCGAGGAGGUGGGCUUCCCGUGCUUGGUGAGGCCGUCGUACGUGCUCUCGGGGGCGGCUAUGAACGUGGCCCAUUCGCCGCAGGACCUGGAGACGUAUCUGAACCAGGCCGCGGCCGUUUCCAAGGAGCAUCCUGUGGUGAUUUCCAAGUUCAUUUUGGAAGCUAAGGAAAUCGACGUGGAUGCCGUGGCCGCCGACGGAGAGCUGGUGUGCAUGGCCGUGAGCGAACACGUGGAGAACGCCGGGGUCCACUCGGGCGACGCCACGCUCGUCACGCCCCCGCAGGACCUCAACUCGGAGACCCUGGCCAAGAUCACCUCCAUCUGCGCUGCCAUUGCCCGGGCGCUCGAGGUGAACGGCCCCUUCAACAUGCAGCUCAUUGCGAAGGAUAAUCACCUGAAAGUAAUCGAGACGAACCUGAGGGUAUCUCGAUCUUUCCCCUUCGUCAGCAAGACCCUAGACUUCGACUUCGUGGCUUGUGCGACCAAGGUGAUCGUCGGGGAGAAGGUGGCCGCCACGGAUGUGUUGCGGGGCUGCGGCAGAGUCGGGGUCAAGGUGCCGCAGUUUAGCUUUUCUCGUUUGGCUGGUGCAGAUGUGAUGUUGGGCGUGGAGAUGGCGUCCACAGGCGAAGUGGCUUGCUUCGGGGAGAACCGCUACGAGGCCUACUUAAAGUCCAUGAUUUCUACCGGCUUCGUCAUUCCCCAGCGCUCCAUUCUCCUCUCUAUUGGUAGCUACAAGCACAAGAACGAGUUGCUUCCGGCAGUCAGGACGCUGGCACAGAUGGGAUACAAAUUAUAUGCUUCUUUAGGAACAGCUGACUACUACUCAACACAUGGCAUACAGAUCGAGCCGGUUGAGUGGGCCUACGAGAACAUCGGCGAAACACCCACCAAGGGCCAGCUCUCUUCCAUGGCCGAUUAUUUGGCCAGAAAGGGCCUCAUCUACAGCAUACGGGAGUUCGACUUGGUGAUCAACCUGCCCAUGCGCGGCGGAGGGGCCCGUCGCGUGUCCUCCUUCAUGACCCAGGGCUACAGGACCCGCCGCAUGGCCGUCGACUUCUCGGUCCCGCUCGUCACUGACGUCAAGUGCGCGAAGCUGUUGGUCGAGGCCUUACGACUAAUUGGUGGAGCUCCAGACCUGAAGACGCAUGUGGACUGUGUCACUUCACGCAGGAUUGUGAAGUUGCCAGGGCUUAUUGACAUCCAUGUACAUGUCAGAGAACCAGGUGCGACUCAUAAGGAGGACUGGGCAUCAUGCACGGCUGCAGCUUUGGCCGGGGGUGUGACACUCAUUUGUGCCAUGCCCAACACCCAGCCUCCUGUCACCGACCUUGAUACCCUAACGCUGUCCAAGGAGCUUGCCAGUCGGGGUGCACGCUGCGAUUAUGCUAUCUUCAUGGGUGCUUCAAGUGACAACUACAACACAGCUCCUGAGUUGGCUCCUCGUUCUGCUGCUCUCAAGAUGUACCUGAAUGAGACUUUUACGACACUCAAGCUAGACGAUACAACGGUUUGGCUUAAGCACCUGGAGUCCUGGCCAGCGCACAUCCCAGUGUGUGUCCAUGCAGAAGCUCGCACCAUGGCAGCUGCAUUAAUGACUGCAAGUUUGGCAUCGAGGCCCAUUCACGUCUGCCAUGUUGCACGGAAGGAGGAAAUCCUUCUCAUUAGAGCAGCCAAAGCAAAGGGAAUGCAAGUAACCUGUGAAGUGUGUCCUCAUCACCUGUUCCUUACCUGUGACAACCUGGAGCAGCUUGGACAAAAAGGGGAAGUUCGACCUUGUCUUGUUACAAGUGAAGAUCAGCAAGCUCUGUGGGACAAUCUGGACAUAAUUGACUGCUUUGCAACAGACCAUGGAAAUUUGGAUUUCUUGAUUAAUUCUGCAAAUGCUCCACAUACACUCGAGGAGAAAACAGGGGCUAAGGCUCCCCCUGGUUUCCCUGGACUUGAGACAAUGCUGCCACUCCUGCUAACAGCAGUAACACAAGGCAGGCUCUCAAUGGAGGACUUGAUCAAUAAACUGCACCACAAUCCUCGUCGCAUUUUCCAAUUGCCGCGCCAACCAAGAACGCACAUAGAAAUUGAUCUUGAUGCCCAGUGGACUAUUCCUGAAGCUCUGCCCUUCAGUAAGGCACAAUGGACCCCCUUCGCUGGCAUGAAAGUAACUGGACGAGUACAGAGGGUCGUCCUGCGAGGGGAAGUGGCCUAUGUGGAUGGACAAGUACUCUUGUCCCCUGGCUUUGGCGAAGAUAUCAGGGAAGCCCAACCUCUUACUACUGCAUCCUCAAGUGUCACUGGAGGACCCCCUGUUUUCCCAAGUCCCCUUUGUACUCAUCCCUCGACUAUCACUUUACCACCACACAGUCAACAUACACCAGCAGGGUUUAUUGACCAUAAAGUUGCAGUUAAUAGAGAAAUUCCUACUCCUGCAGAACCAGUCUUGGCAACACCUACAACGGUCACUCCUUCCCUCUCUUCUCCAUCACGCAAAGUUGGGCAAUCGCUUCAUCAGACAUCAGAGUUGUAUAGUGAGAUGCUGAUGGAGCUCGGUGUGGGAGACUCGGCAGAAAGGAAAGUAAGGUCCACGGCAAGACUUAAGACAAGGGAUGCAUCUCCAGCCCGUCCAACACCCAGCAUCCCAUCUGGUCUACCUGGCAUAACAACGUCCCACGGCCUUCAGGGUCAACAUGUCCUGAGUGUUCAGGGACUAAGCAAAGACCAGCUGAACCACAUCUUCAACUUGGCCCAGACUUUCCGUGUCUGCAUUAACAAGGAGCGACCCCUUGAGCACAUUCUUAAGGCAGGAAUGGAUAGAAUGCUAGAGGGCAAGCUGUUGGCACUGAUGUUCUAUGAAGUGUCUACCAGAACGUUCUGCAGCUUCCAGGCAGCCAUUCAGCGACUUGGUGGUCGAACAGUUACAAUGGACACGAACACUUCUUCGGUCAAGAAGGGAGAGACCCUCGAAGAUUCUGUGAUCAUGAUGUCAGGGUAUGCUGAUGUUGUAGUACUGAGGCAUCCUGAACCUGGAGCUGUGGCUAGAGCCGCAGCUGUGAGCAGACGUCCAGUUAUAAAUGCAGGUGACGGUGUGGGAGAGCAUCCAACGCAGGCACUGCUUGAUGUGUUUGCCAUUAGAGAGGAAAUUGGUACUGUAAAUGGCCUGAUUAUUACAAUGGUUGGAGACUUGAAACAUGGAAGAACUGUGCAUUCCUUGGCUCGAUUGUUAACACUUUAUAAUGUGCAGCUUAGAUAUGUUGCUCCUCCUGGCUUGGGCAUGCCAGACUAUGUCACACAGUAUGCAGCUUCACAAGGAAUCCAUCAGGAAGAAUUUAGUAGCUUAGAGGCAGCUCUUCCUGACACUGAUGUUCUCUAUAUGACACGUAUUCAGAAAGAAAGAUUUGGAACUCCAGAGGAUUAUGAAAGAGCUUGUGGACACUUCAUCGUGACGCCCCACCUGAUGACACGUGCCAAAAGGAAGAUGAUUGUUCUUCACCCCUUGCCAAGGAACCAGGAAAUUUCCCCUGAAUUCGACACGGAUCCUCGGGCCGCUUACUUCCGUCAGGCUGAGGGAGGGAUGUAUGUGAGGAUGGCGCUGCUUGCUAUGGUCCUCGGGAAGUGCUGAAUUGUUGAUUAACUUGAAAGAAUUGUGUUGGUGAUGCUAUGUGUCAAUAGCAGUCUUUUUUUUUCAAAGACAUUUAAAGAUUUGAAUGAAUCUUAAAAGUUUGUUGAAGUUGGAAAUUG